AAAAUAGCCAGAUGCAAUGGACGGUGCGGGAAAAAAGUUGGUUUUGUAGCGAGGAAAAGGAAAAGCUUUCACGCUGUCAGGUUGUUUUUCUACCACCGACUGCCUCUGUUCCAAGAUUUUUAUCGUGUGAAUUUAUCUUGGUUGAUUCUAAUUACGUAGCAGAGCUCCACAAAGUAAUUGGAUAAAGUGAUUGCGUCUAUGUUUCGUCGGCUGGUCUUUUUUUUCGACGACAACAUAGACCAACAACGCUGAAAACUGUGUAGAUAAAGUUGGACUUUCUCAAAAGUCCAACAACAGUCCAUCAUAAAGAUGAUGCGUCGUUUCCUGCCACACCGGACAGCACUACGACCACCGAGCAACUUCCGCCUGUGCCCGGUGCAGAUACCCAUAAGACACUUUGCAGCCGAAGCCAGUGCACCUGCUGUCGCAACACCAGCAUCUUCGGCAGUAGGUAUUGGUUGUGUUUGUCAUACCAAGCUGGCGAGAUGCAACUGUUUUGUAGCAGAUCAGUGAUAACACACUUUGUCCGAGAUUUCACGUCUUCAUUCUUUCUUGGUAUAUAAAGCAGCCUACAACUACACCAACCUUUUGUCUUCAUUACCAGGUGAGCCCGGUGCCUCAACUUCGAGCUCCUCGUCGUCCUCCUCCUCAUCUUCGGCAAAAGCGAAGCCACAGCCGGGAAUGCUCGCGAGAACACGAAGCUUCACGUACGGGGUUAUAUUCGCAAGUGGUGUUAGCUUCUGGGUGCUCCUGUUAGAGGGACAGAAGAUGCUAGAAAGACUCGAGAACUCUGUGCAAAAAGUGAUGGAGUAUCAAGCGCGCGUCGAAAAACGACUUGAAAAAGUAGAGACGGCGGCGGGAAUCGCAAAAUGAGGAACCGAGUCGAGAAGGAUAUCAUUCGGGUUUCUUGUUGUUUUGUGUGCAAAUCGAAGGUAGGAUUUUCCGGACGCCUUUAUUUUUUCACAUUCAUAACUUUCAAAACUACUCAAGAAGCCAGUGCAAGUGUAAGCUAGUCCCAAAAAUACUUGAUAUAAUCCAAUGAAUUCUUCCCCGCCACCAGCCGCAUGAGUUUCACGGUGACCACGGAGUGUGGUUUUGAACCCCCGCUUACUCUGUAAUAGAGCUAGUGAAUCCAGAAGAUAUUCUGAGAUUCGUGCCCUGAUGGUUGUAACCUUUCUGACUUUUCCAGACCCUUCUCGCAGGCAUAGAAAAGCAAAAUAGAGUACCAAAGAAUAAGAAGAUGAUACAACAGAGGGCCAAAAAACAUGCUCUCUGGUUUCAAUGUGAUCGUGUCGGUUCCUUCCUGUGAUCUAAAGAGUUUUGGUGAUGGUGAUGUCACGUAGCGGAAUCGCUCAUGCUCUGUACUCUGAUUGCAAUGAGAAAGGAUCCAC